GUCGCGCAAGCCGCCAUAUUUGAGCCACUGCUGGGAAAAACAAUAAUAAAUAUUUAUUUUCCAAAGUUGUGCGAAGACUAGAGAAAAUAAACCAACUGACCUGGAGAGGCUAGAUACAUGUACGAAAACUAACGUUAGCGAACGGCCUCUCCUCCACAGCGAGAUGUCACUGGUGGACCUAGGCAAGCGUCUGCUGGAAGCGGCUCGGAAGGGUCAGGAUGAUGAUGUCAGGUCACUCAUGGCCAACGGCGCUCCCUUCACCACGGACUGGCUGGGGACGUCCCCCCUGCAUCUGGCUGCCCAGCACGGACACUACUCCACCGCAGAAGUUCUGCUCAGGGCAGGCGUCAGCCGGGACGCCCGAACCAAAGUGGACAGGACCCCUCUGCACAUGGCGGCUGCGGAAGGCCACGCCCUCAUCGUGGAGCUGCUUGUUGGGAGCGGAGCUGACAUCAACGCCAAAGACAUGCUGAAGAUGACGGCGCUGCACUGGGCGGCCGAGCACGGCCACCGCGACGUGGUGGAGCUGCUGAUCAAGUACGGCGCCGACGUCCACGCCCUCAGCAAGUUCGACAAGACGCCCUUUGACAUCGCCGCGGACAACCAGAACACCGAGCUCAUGGUCUUACUACAGGAGGGGAUGCAGAACCAGGUGAAUGUGAACCCCGAUUCCAGCCAGCCCAGCAGCGCUGUGACCCCCCAGUUCAUCAUCUCCUCCGGGGGGGUGGUCAACCUCGCCGACCUCAUCUCUACAACCGCCAAGACUACCUCAGGCGACUCCGAGGAAGUCAUCGCCGCCGAAUCGGUGGACUCUGCCAUCCAGCACAUGGUGGGCGAGGGGGGUCAGAGGGUCAUCACCAUAGUGACGGACCAGUACGGCAACCUGCAGACGGGCGGGCUGGGGCAGCAGUUCUUCGUCACCAUGCAGCACGGGCAGCAGAUGGUGGCCGUGCCAGCCGGUCAGGUGGCAGAGGAGGUGGUGGAAGAGGAGGUCCAGCCCCCGCCUUCCCGCAAGAGGAGAGUGGAGUCAGCAGCCAAUCACACGGAUCCCCAGGACAAGGAGGCGGCGGAGAAGGACAGCAGGGAGCUGCUGCAGAAGCAGCUGCAGGAGGCCAACCGCAAGGCGCAGGAGUACCGGCAGCAGCUGCUGAAGAAGGAGCAGGAGGCCGAGCAGUACCGGCUCAAGCUGGAGGCCAUGGGCCACGGCCAGGCCAAUGGCACCGCCGCCGCCCCUGCCGCUGGCGGCAAGAGCCCGCGGGAGGAGGAGGCGCAGGCGGGGGAGGCAGAGGGGCCGGGGGUGGAGGGGGAGGAGGUGCUGGUGCUACCUGAGGGAGCCAUCCUCAUCAAGGCGGAGGAGCUGGCCCUGGAGCCCACGGAGGAACAGGUGACGGCGCCGGGCGAGGCGGAGUCGGCCCACGCCGAGGUGGCCUCGUAACGGCAGGCCUCAGAGGGGGACGGCACACGGACGGGACGGGCGGCGUCCUGUUUCACUUCCUUUUCUCUUUUUUUUUUCGUUUUUGUAUUAUAAUAAUUAUUUUUAUUCCUGUUGUUGAAAUUUCCCCCCCCCCCCCAAAAUGGACAUGUGUGAAGAAGCCAGGGGAGGGACACAGGGGUGGGGAUUGUUUGGGGUGAGGGCCAGACGGGAGGGGGUGUGUUGGGGACGUAAUGUUCACAUGACACAGAAGCCCAGGGGAGCGAAGAGAGGCAGCAGCGUAGGGGAAGUAAGGCCCAGAGUUGUUGAGAAAUGUCACUGCCGCCUUACUGGACAUCUCCGGUCACCUGAUCCCUGGCUGCACCCUGAGCACUACAGCUGCACUUUCUGAAGGUUUCUGGCAGCGCUCAGACGCUUUUCACCUGGCUAAUGUUCGCCCGCAGACGUGGGUGUAGGUUUGGCUGUCAGCAGCCUGUUCUCUCCAGCAGGAGCUCUGAAAGCUUAGUGGGAGAGGAACUGCACCUCACCUCCUGUUGCAGUAAUGGAAAAAUCCUUUAACGGGCGAAGGGCAGGCAAGGAUAUUGGGCACACACAGCUAUCAGGGACGCACGCUCCCUCAGGUGGGACUCGUACACUCGUGUCAUUCCCGCAGACUCACUGAUCCGGCGUCUCUCUUCCCCGUGUCUCCAGAUUACCUUUCCUCCACAGCGGCUGGUCACAGCUCUCUGCCUGCGAGAGCUCGUGGGUGGCAGGCAGCGAGCAGUGAAAGUGAGAACACUGUUACAGCAUCCUCCCCCGCUUCUUUUCCUUUUUUAUAUCUAUAUACGUCUCAGCGCUGUCAGAAAUCUCCUCAACUUUGUCCUCCUGAGUGCAAAGUACCUUUGCGUCGCUGGCAUCA